AUGGAUCUCUAUCUUUUGUGGGUAGCUGGUCAAGAGCAGGAAGGACACGCAGACAUUAUUCCCAUCGAAGACCCAGCAACGGGAGAAAUAUUUGCACAUUGCCAUUCUGCCUCGCCGGAGGAUAUAGAAACCGCCAUCUCAGCCGCCCACGCCGUGUACAAGUCGGGUAUUUGGUCGCGAGCCAGUCGUCAUCAUCGUGCAGAUGUACUCGAGAAAUGUGCAACACUUCUCUCCGAUGCUCUCCCCGAACUGAUAGCCCUCGAAUCGAAACAAACCGGUCGAGUGAUUCGAGAGAUGAAUGCGCAGGUUCCGUCGUUAACAAGAUGGUUCAAAUACUAUGCGUCGCUGCUACGGGUGGAAGAACGAUCGGUUCUUCCUACUAUGGGCAAAUUGCAUAACUUUGUCGAUCGCGUGCCGCUGGGCGUUGUUGUUCAGAUUACUCCGUUCAAUCAUCCGCUGUUGAUUGCUGUAAAGAAAUUGGCUCCUGCGCUUGCGGCUGGUAAUAGUGUUGUGAUUAAGCCGAGUGAGCUCACACCGUUGACUACUUUGUUGCUGGCGAAGAUCCUGGGUAAGGCGGGUAUUCCUAAUGGAGUUUUAAGCGUCCUACCUGGAUAUGGUGCCAUUACUGGCAAAGCGCUUGUGGAACAUCCCCUGGUUAGAAAGGUUGAUGUAACUGGGGGUACUGAAUCUGGGAAGGCAAUUGGAAAGAUUGUAGGAGGAAACUUGGCCAAAUAUACCGCAGAGUUAGGCGGCAAGGCGCCUCUGAUCGUGUUCAAGGAUGCCAACAUUGAUGCUGCGGUCAACGGAAUUGCGUUUGGAAGUUUUAUCGCCAGUGGACAGACUUGCGUCGCUAGCACCAGAAUCAUCGUGGAGAACACCGUCAUGGAAGAAGUGCUACAGAAACUCACCGCGAAGAUCGAGGGAAUCACGCGACGCAUCGGGUCUCCAAUCAACCCAGAAUCAAUGAUGGGGCCUCUCGUCUCUGAAAAGCAAUUGCGACAUGUCGAAGAUCUAGUCGAAAAGGCUCUCAGCGGAGGAAACGCGAUCCCCCUUGCCGGCGCAAAUCGCAUGGCUGGUCGCAGUUCUCUGGACGAAUUCAAUUUCGACCGCGGGUAUUUCUACCAGCCGACCUUAUUAGUAUCCCAAAGCAAGGAGAAUAACAGCAUCGUGAAGACCUCUAUCUGGCGCGAAGAAGCCUUUGGUCCAGUCAUUGUCGUGGCUGGGUUUGACACUGAAGCCCAAGCCAUCGCUCUUGCGAAUGACACCGAGUUUGGACUGGGGGCUGGCAUAUGGACAACCAACCUCUCUCAAUCGUUCCGAGUGUCAGACCAGAUCAACGCUGGCAUCACUUGGGUCAAUACCCAUCAUCGCAAUGACCCUAGCAGCCCCUGGGGAGGAGCAACCAGUGCAAGUGGGGUUGGGAGUGAGAAUGGCAUUGAGGCAUAUCAGGCGUAUACAACCACCAAAAGUGUCAUCAUCAAUUAUGCAGAGCCAGAGGAGUCUUUGGCUCUGGAUGACUGGUUUGGAGAUGGAUCACAGAAGGUCCGAUAUGGCUGA